AUGUCUGCAGCCGUCUGGCCACCGCUUUCAUCAGUCGAGGAGCUGAGGAAGGAAGAGGAAACUUCAUUGGCUCGCGAACUCAACUGGCUUCUCGACUCCCUCCAAACGACCCUCCAGUCGCUCAAAGAAGGUCUCACAGAAUGUGCUGAACUGCUCGCCCCCGCCGAACCGGGCAGUACCCUCGCACUUUCCUCGCACCGAUCUGAGAGCCUAAAAGGGUUCAUCACGCGCGUUGGGACGCGCAUCGUCAAGGGCGACAUAAAACUCCGCCUCCCCACCCUCCCCACCCCCCGCUCCACCCCCUACUUCCCCCUCCUCCUCACCCACCCACACACCAUCCCUCAACUCUCCACCUGCCGCUCCUCCAUCCUCUCCGCCCUCGAUGCCAUCGACGUCUCCCGCUGGGCUGGCUCCCCGCACGACGCGAACUUCAUUGCCGGCCAGCUGCGCCUCCUGUCAACCGAGAUCGCGAACGCACGGAAGGAGCUGAAAGGCGAAGAAGGAACUAAACACGAUGGAGGACUGUGGACGGAGACCGGCGUUGCGCGGGGGUGUUUCGAAGGAACGGUCGGCGCGGCAGGGGGCGGGGGUUACGCCGCGCCUGGAGAUGCGGUGAUCAGGGAGGGAUUUCACCACCUGAACGUCUGGGUUGGCGUCCGCGGGUGUGUCCUCGAAGUCGUCGUGCGGACGCUGCAGCCCGUGCAGCCCGAGAGCUCGGGGAUCGGCGGCGGGAUGCUGCGGGGGUUGGCGAACGCGCUGGGGGGACAGAAGUUGGCGGCGCACGAUGAGGAGGGGAAGGUAUUUGUGGUGGGCGGGGUGGAGGAGGAUGCGGGAAGUGGGGAGGGGCGGGAGGUUAGGGUGAGGGAGAAGGUGAGGGUCGAGGCGCAGGAUCCGGCGUUGAUAGCGGUGGGAGUCAAGUUGGGGCAUUUGAACCAUGUGGUGGGGUUGGCGAGGGGGGCGUUGGCAGUGGUGAUGGGCGAGGAGGUGGAUGAGGAGGAGGAGGAGGAGGAGGAGGAGGAGGAGUAGGGAUUGCGCAUGUCUACCUUGGAGAGCUCUAGCGUUGCUGCAAUCAUUAAGGGUGAUGGGUUUUCAGGGAAUCGGUCAGACUUCAUGUCAAUGCACGGCACAUCGAGGUGACUAGGGCUCCCAUUCAGAGUGCUAAGUACUACAUAAUCCGAAAAGGCCUGAAAGCCCAGGAUGCUACCGGUUCCCUAGUCACCACGUCACCCUAUCUCCCGUUUUAAUUCCAGCUUCCAUCGAUCGUCUCAUUCCUCGAUCAUAGUUCUGUUCGGUCAUCCAGUCAUGACUGUGGCGUGCUUCUUAAUGAUGCUUGCGUCCAUCGAUACCAGGAAAACGUAGCGAAAAGAAAGACAAAAAUCCAGUGAUUAACAGAAACCAAGCU